UUGUUAGCAUACAGAACAACAAAGGAGGAUAUUUAACACCGAGGCCUAGGAAGCUUGCAUACCUCGUCACACUUGGGUUGGAGCUUGUCGAGGCCGCGGAGGACACUGUCAGCAGAAAUGGUCGGCAUCAUGAAAUCUCAAUUGUGCACCUGGUCAAGGAUCUUCCUAGUGCUGUAUAUCCUAUCAAUGCUGUCCCCAUCAACAGGUGAAUACACUUACCAGGAAAACGAUGAAGACCGUUUGUACAAGGCUUUGAUGAAAUAUUAUGUGAAGUCAUCACGCCCAGUUUUAGUGAGCAAUUCGACGGGUUUCAAAGUGGAUUUGAGCAUCAGCGAACCGAGACUGGAAACUCUGGAGACGGCUACAGAUACCAUGACAUUUUCCUAUUGGCUUACACUGACUUGGCAAGAUGAACGGUUGCAGUGGAACUCGUCAGAUUUCGGAGGCCUAACAACUAUAAGAUUUUCUCCUGAUUCAAUAUGGCUACCUGAACUGGAGGUCUACAAUGUUUCACCGUUCCAUCCAAGUCGAACAAGGGUCGCAAAUGCGAUAGUCCACUCUUCGGGAUCAGUAAUGUAUAUUCCUGCACAAACGAUAUCGUUUUUCUGUCCUUUGGACUUGGCAAAGUUUCCCUACGACACACAGAAGUGUAAGCUUGUUAUGGGGUCCUGGACAUUCACUAGCUUGAAGCAGGACCUAACAUACGGUGGCAAAUACGAGUCACAGGAAAUCCCGGUGGCUGGAUUUGGCGACACUCUAAAAAGCCAUCCUCAAUGGACUUUAAACAAAAUGACAGCUCAAAUAAUUCAUGCCAAGUACGAGUGUUGUCCGGAAACAUACGUCAAACUAGAGAUCGAUAUAACUGUUACACGAAUAGCCUCGUACUACAGACUUGCACUUGUGGGACCGUCUGUUUUCCUUGCCAUCCUCAUCCCUGUGGUGUUUUUGCUUCCACCUGAUCAGACAUGCAGAACUAACUAUGGUAUGAUUCUACUAAUGACCAUGACUGUGUUGAUGGUGGUCCUACAGGAGGCGGUACCCUUUGAUCAUGCUACUGUCCCGGUUCUAGCCGUGUUCUACUUUGGCAUAUUUGUGCUGCAGUUCUUCAGUAUUCUGUGCUGUGUGUUAACUGGAUGUCUGCGCAAUAGGGGAGCAAGACGGAAGGCGUUACCAGCAUGGCUUGGUUCUCUGUGUAUACAUAGUCGAGGCGUGCGAAGAUGUCUUUGUCUGGACACCGACUGCCCUGUAUACCACGACCCUGAUACGCCAAUGAACAUGCGCUUGAUAGAGGAGCAACAGGACACUGCACACGACAGUGGACUGGAUAAUGUCAACAUCACUGUGCCCGACGACCACUUCCGAGAAGUUGCGAACAACACAAAGAUUAUGGCAGGAAAAAUCAUGCGGGAGAGCACUUAUGACAAGCUCCAGCGUGAUUGGCAGGAAGUUGGCCGGUGCCUCGACCGAAUAUUCUUCGUGAUAUUCGUAGUGGUGAUUGCCAUCGUGGCCUUGAGCACCGUGCUGUAAUGGGUCAAGGUGUUUUACUUACUUGUUACUUUAAGCGGUCACUAACACAUUGUCUUUAAAUGUAAUAUAUUUCUCAAUGUUUUGAAUGCUCACCAAAAUAAUGUUCAAUUUAUACGAAAUCUGUUUUCAAUACUGAGCUCUAUGGUUAUGCAAUUUCCGGGUACUAAAUAACCGUGAUGCUUGUUGUUAUUUAUAUGAAAGCAUAGUAGAUGUUUAUUACAACAUGAGCAAAUGGUCCACCUAUAUGUUUGUUAAAAAAUAGUGUUUUUGUGGGACGACUCAAGAUAGUGAUUUGUAUAUUAAAAAAAAAAGAUUAUUUUCCAUUACAAUCUUCGAAUAAUAUCACUCAUAAGUAUAUCAACAUGUUCACUGAGAGUCUUAUACACGAUUUUGUAGCCUUGCUGCCGACUAUGAAGAAGAUGAAUGAUAUUUUCAUAGAUAUAUGUAUGUUUUGUCAUCAUUUUACAUAUGUGUUUGCAAGUGUUAAUAUGGAACUAUAUGACGGCAGCACUGGUUUUGCUUAUGAUUGCUGUUACGUGAAUUAUUCAUUGGGAGCAUUAUUACAAUACUAACACUCAAGUAAGCCUCAUUAUCAGCGUAUUAUGUUAUGGUGUAUUUUUGUACAAUGAUAAUUGUUACUUCUACGCAUUUAUACCUUUAUAAAUAAGUUUCAAAUAAGACGUUUUACAACUUCUCCAGUAAAAUAUUUAUAGUAAUGAAUUACCUUAUUGAGACUCAGGAAAUUGUGCUGUAAUGGGUCAAGGUGUUUUUCUUACUUGUUACUUUAAGCGGUCACUAACACAUUGUCUUUAAAUGUAAUAUGUUUCUCAAUGUUUUGAAUGCUCACCAAAAUAAUGUUCAAUUUAUACGAAAUCUGUUUUCAAUACUGAGCUCUAUGGUUAUGCAAUUUCAGGGUACUAAAUAACCGUGAUGCUUGUUGUUAUUUAUAUGAAAGCAUAAUAGAUGUUUAUUACUUAUUUUCCAUUACAAUCUUCAAAUAAUAUCACUCAUAAGUAUAUCAACAUGUUCACUGAGAGUCUUAUACACGAUUUAGUAGCCUUGCUGCCGACUAUGAAGAAGAUGAAUGAUAUUUUCAUAGGUAUAUGUAUCUUUUGUCAUCAUUUUACAUAUGUGUUUGCAAGUGUUAAUAUGGAACUAUAUGACGGCAGCACUGGUUUUGCUUAAGAUUGCUGUUACGUGAAUCAUUCAUUGGGAGCAUUAUUACAAUACUAACACUCAAGUAAGACUCAUUAUCAGCGUAUUAUGUUAUGAUGUAUUUUUGUACAAUGAUACUUGUUACUUCUACGCAUUUAUACCUUUAUA